GACCGGCGUCCCCCAAAAUACCACGAGAAAUGUCAAGACUCGUGUGCCGUCAGGCCUUGUUACCGCGUUGUCUCUUGCUUAGCAACGAGACUGUGAUCCGAUGGGUAUGGAAUGGCGCUGGCGGCCGUGGGGACGGCUGAACGAGAACCUUGUCGCCUUCAUUUCUGCUCUGCUCAAAGUGGCUUGGUUUUCAGGCUGCAAACUCAGGUUGGAAAGAACUGCUGCAACUCAUGGUUGGCUCCCACCCCACAAACACAGAUUUGCCUGCUUGGGAGUGCUCUGAUUUUCUAAAUAAUUUUCAUCCAGCAAGAUGGCAGGGGUGAUGCUGUGUGAACCAACUGAACUAUAUAACAUACUGAACCAGGCAAUAAAACGUUCCAGGUUGACAGAGCCAAACUAUUUAUGCUUAUUGGAUGCUCGUACUAAGCGGGAGUACUACGAAAGCCACCUGAUAACAGCCCUAAGAGUGAAACAGAAUCUGUUAGGCAAAUACACCCCUCCGCAGUCCAUCGACUUGGAGUGCGUCCAAUACUGCAUCGUGUACGAUGGCAGAACGGAUUCCCUGGAAGCUGCUUUUGACAUGGAUUAUGACUUACCAGAACUGGAUGAAGAACUGAAAGACUGCGAAGGGGAUCCAGAAGCCUUGCUUCAGAAACGCAAACUGUCACCUAAAUUUAAUGCCAAACACGGAUCUGCCGCACGCUGCGCCAGAGUCAUGCAGCGGUAUACCCGCUUCCCUGUCCAGGUCCUGAGAGGCGGGUAUGAGCGCUUCACCGCCUGUUACCAUUUCCUGAGGACUGAGAAGGUAUUCUGGAUGCCUCAGGAACUAGAGGAAUUGCUGCCUUACCCAGUUGAGAUCAUUCCGAAGAAGCUGUACAUGGGAGAUUACAGGCAAGCCGGCGAUCGGAAGCUACAAAAGGACCUGAAAAUCAUAGCCCAUAUCAACAUCUCCGAGGAGAAGGACUUAGUCUUCCCAGAAGAUAGUGAGGACCUCCUUCACAUACCUAUUGCGGAUUCUCCAGAGGCAGAUAUGUUCCCCUAUUUUGGAAAAAUCUGCCACUUUGUUGAUCGUCAUGUACCUCAUGGAGGAGUCCUGGUUUUCUCCGUCUUGGGGAUAAGCAGGUGCAGCACUGCGGUGAUGGCCUACCUCAUCCACUCAUGCAGCCUUUACUUAAAAAACGCUUGGAGCUAUGUCCAGAAGUGCAAAACGAACAUGCGGCCAAACCGGGGUUUUGUGCAACAGCUAUCAGAGUGGGAACGCCGGAUCUACGUGGCAACAAUCACUGAUGUCUCUGAACCUUUUUACUGACCAAAGGCAGCUGGCAAAUAAGGGUUCUGGAAUGUUGAUUGUAGGGGCAAUGGUCUUUUUUUUGGGGGGGGGUUGCUUUCAGGAAGCUCUUCUUU